AUGAAGCUAUCUACCGCGGUGGCCAUUGGCCUAACUUCACUCGCCCAGGGAGGGUCGGUGGUGCAUGAGAAGAGAGACCAAGUCCCUCCCGAAUGGACAAAAGUCGGCCGUGCAGUUUCUGAUACAGCGAUUGAACUCCGUAUUGGCCUUAAGCAGAGCAAUCUUGAGCAUGCCGAAGAUCUCGCUAACCAGAUUUCUCACCCCAAGUCUGAGAAAUAUGGCAAAUAUCUUACCGCACAACAAGUCGUUGACCUAUUCGCCGCACCGCAAGAGGUCAUAUCUGAGACUAUGCAGUGGCUACGACAAGGCGGAAUCAAUAGCAAUCGCAUUAAGCCAACUGCCGGUCGAAACUGGCUCAAGUUCAACACGACAGUAGCCGUUGCCGAGAAGCUACUCGACACAACUUACUAUACCUAUAGAAACGAGGAAGAAGGUGUGGAAGUGGUUGCCUGCGAAUCGUACAGCGUUCCGGAGGAUAUCCAGCCUAACAUUGACUUGAUUAUGCCGACAAUUCAAUUUGAGACCAGAGGUCUUCCAGCAAACAGCCGUGGGCUUAGCCGCCGAGAUACAUUCAAUCCCAAGUUUCGGGUUCUCGAGUCUGUGCCGCACCCCAGUUCUCUCGCCAACUGCAGUGGGACAACAACACCUGCUUGUUUACGAGCAAUAUAUGGCUUACCGGACUCGGGCGAGGCUGUUGAAGGCAACAGCUACGGCAUCGUGGAAUUUGCUCCGCAAAGCUUCAAUCAAGAUGAUCUAAACGUCUUUUAUGCCACAUACGCCUCCAAUGUUCCGAAUAACACCGGACCCAUCAUUGACGGCAUCGAUGGUGGCUACUUUUCGAAUGACUCUUCAGUAGAUACUCGCGGAGAGUCAAAUCUUGACCUUUGUUACGCAAUUGGUCUUGUUCACCCCCAGCCAGUUACGCUCUACCAAGUUGGCGACAACGAUCCUGUCCAACCAGCGACUAACAACAAUUUCCUCGAUGCUAUCGAUGGCGCCUAUUGCACAUAUGAAGGCGGCGAUGACCAUGACUGGGAUGCAAUCUACCCUCAUGACGGCGAGCUCUCGGGAGAAUAUCUUGGCCAGCCUGAUUGCGGAAAGUACAAUGCCACCAAAGUCAUUUCCGUCUCUUAUGGUAGCAAUGAGAACGACCGCCCAAUCUCCUACAGAACUCGCGAAUGCAAUGAGUAUAUGAAGCUUGCGCUGAUGGGAGUGACUGUCUUAUUUUCGUCUGGAGAUACCGGCGUGUCAGGCCUCACCGGCAGAUGCCUUCUUCCAAACGGUGCAUGGACACCUCCAGGUGCCGAUUACGGUCGAUUCAAUCCAAUGUGGCCCGGAACUUGUCCUUGGAUUACUUCAGUUGGAGGCAGCGCGUUGCCUGAGAAUGGCAGUGUCACCGACAAGCAGGUCGCGGCGACUGAUUUCGGAUCUGGCGGUGGUUUCAGCAACAUCUUUGCACUACCUUCCUACCAAACAAAUGCUGUCGCGGAAUACUAUGCCAGCCACGAUCCCGGAUACAACUCUUCUAUUUACAACAACACGCAACAAGUGCGGGGAUUUCCCGACUUGGCCGUCUCAUCUCAGAACUUCAUCACCGGCCUCGCAGGCGGCUUCAAUGCCUUCAGUGGUACUUCAGCUGCAAGCCCGCUGUUCGGUGCCAUGAUUACGCUCAUCAACGGCGAGAGAAUUAAGAGUGGAAAGGGAUCAGUUGGUUUCCUCAACCCUGUGCUGUACAGCCAUCCGGAAGUUUUUGAUGAUAUCACUGAGGGAGUGAAUCCUGGAUGCGGUACCGAUGGAUUUCCGGCCGUUGAAGGCUGGGAUCCGAUUACAGGUCUUGGCACUCCCAACUUUGCCAAGCUGAGGGAUCUUUUGCUCAGUCUGCCAUGA